GCCCUAGCAACCGUUGCCAAGGGCCUGGCGACUUAGCGGGGAGGGAGGGAGGGGGACGGUUUCGAUGGGCAUUUUGGGUACAGUCUGAGGACCACUUUCAGGGGUGUCAAGAUGAGCGACCAACUUAAGUUCAUCGUUGAGAAGCUCAAUAAGGAACCUUUUAAGAAGAACUUCAAUCUAAUCACCUUUGACUCUUUGGAGUCUAUGCAGCUGUUACAAUUACUCAGUGAUGUUCUGGGGGAGAUUGACCCAAAGCAUGUUGUUGAUAUUAGAGAAGAGUUGCCAGAGCAGACUGCUAAACGGAUGUUGAGCCUUCUCGGUAUUCUGAAAUAUAAACCUCCAGGAGGUACCAGUGACUUGAGCACUUUCCGCCAAGGUUUAGUUACUGGAAGCAAGCCUGUGAUUCAUCCUGUCCUGCAUUGGCUCCUUCAGCGGACAAAGGAACUCAAGAAAAGAGCCUACCUGGCCCGCUUCCUGAUCAGAGUGGACGUGCCAAUGGAGUUCCUGCAGGAUGAUGUGGUGGCUGAUACUAACAGACAGUACGAAGAGCUGAUGGAAGCUUUCAAAAACCUACAUAAAGAAUGUGAACAGCUCAAGACAUCUGGCUUCUCAACUGCAGAAAUACGAAGGGAUAUCACCGCCAUGGAGGAAGAGAAGGAUCAAUUGAUCAAGAGAGUCGAGCGUCUUAAGAAGCGGGUGGAGACGGUGCAAAAUCAUCAGCGGAUGCUUGAGUCGGCGAGGCAGCUGCGAGUAGAGAAAGAGAGAGAAGAAUCUCUUGCCCUGCAGAAGCAAGAGCAGAAAAACCAGCUUUUUCAUGCGGAGCAAAGGCUGCAGAGAGUCCAACUCCAGCUCAAGGAUAUGCGUCAUGCAGCAGUGGAUUCCAAGCCAGAAAGCUUAAUGAAGAGACUGGAAGAGGAGAUAAAGUUCAAUUCCUACUUGGUGUCUGAGAAAUUUCCUAGAGAGCUGGAAACGAAGAAACAGUCCCUGCAGCUCUUGCAGAAAGUUGUGGCAGAGCCAGCAAUGGGCCAGUCUGAUCUCAACGAACUGGAAACCAAAAUCAAUGAAGUCAAUGCACAAAUCAAUCAGCUGAUCGAGAAGAGGAUGAUGAAGUACGAACCGAUUGACAGCAAAUUUUCAAUGUACCGACAGCAGGCCUCCAUCAUUUCCCGGAAGAAAGCAGCCAAGGCAGAAGAGCUUCAGGCUGCCAAGGAAGAGAUGGCAAAUUUAGAGAGGCAAAUGCGGCAGAAAUCAAACCAAGCUCAGGAGAUGAGUGGCACGGAAGUCCUGAAAGGCGACGAGUUCAAGCGCUACGUUAACAAGCUCCGGAGCAAAAACACACUCUACAAAAAGAAGCGCCUGGAAAUAGCGGAAAUUACCGCCGAGUACGGAAUCCUGCAGAGGACGGAAGAGCUCCUCCAGCAACGGCACGAAGACGUCCAGCAGCAGUUGCAAGCCAUCGAGGCCAAAAAGGGCAUCUCCGGAUACAGCUACACACAGGAAGAGCUGGAGAGGGUGUCGGCGGUCAAGAGCGAAAUGGAUGAGAUGAAGGGGCGCACUCUGGACGGCAUGUCUGAAAUGGUGAAAAAGCUGAACGCUCUGGUGGCGGAUAAGAAGUCCAACCUUGCUCCCGUUAUCAAAGACUUAAGGCAGUUGCGACAGAAGUGCCAGGAGCUGACUCAAGGAUGUGAAGAGAAAAAAACCCAGUAUGACAGCUGUGCAGCGGGGCUGGAGAGCAGCCGUUCUGCCCUGGCACAGGAGGUGAAAGUUCUUCAUGAGGAAUGUGGGCAGGAGGAAAGCCAUUACCAUCAUAUCAACUGCAUGAAAAGGAUUCUGGAUGUACAGCUCCAGCGUGCCAAAGAGGAGAUGAAGAUGUACGUCUCUCCCGAUCCCCAGGAGAGGAGAAAGGCGAUUAGGGAGCAAUAUUCCCGGAUGAUCACAGAACAAGAAAACUUGGGGAAGAAGCUGCGAGAGAAGCAAAAAGCAGUCCGGGAGAGCCAUGGCCCCAACAUGAAGCAGGUGAAAAUGUGGCGGGAUUUCGAGUUGCUGAUGGAGUGCAAGAAGGAGUGUUUCCUAAGGCAACAGAAUCAGGUCUCCAUCGGCCAGGUCAUUCAGGAAGGAGGAGAAGACCGGCUGGUGUUGUGAGCGCUGGCUGCCCGUAUUCCCUCAUGCCCUUCUCCCUCUUAAGAAUUCUAGGCUAGUUCUCCAACUUCUUUGGCACAAGCUGCAGUUCAGCCAAGAGGCUCAACUGUAAAAGGUGGGAAAGAGAGGUCUCAGCUGAGUUUGGAAUUAAGGUGAGAGCUUUUCAGCUAGCUCUCAUUUCAAGGCGAGAAAAUGAACUUUUCUCAUGCAUAUGGAAUGCCAUUGGAAGGUCAGUCUAAUAGCAUAGGGGAAAGGAAGAGGGUGCCUCUCCCCCGUUUGAAUAGCCCAGGCCAAGUCCAUCUCUUGGGCCAUGAGCUGGCUUUUUCCCCAGCAUAGCUGUGUGGGGAGAACUCCUGUUCCAGGUGAACUCCUUGCAGAUGGCAUUCUCCUUCUGGUCUGUUGGGGUAAUAGUUUCUAGGCGGCACUUUGAGGAGCUGCACCUGCAGUCAAGAAGUCCAAAUGCCCCACUCAGUCAUGUGCAAGCCAGACGUUUUGCCCCCAUUCCUGCACUUCAGGAAUGGCGCCAGUCCCACACCCAAGAGGCAAGAGUGGAACUAAAAGGAAAUGGCUUGAAUCUUCAGCCUCUUCCAUGUUUAUUUCCUCAUCAAAAUUUGAUGCUGCUCUUUAACUGGUCCUUAAAUGACAUCAGAAGCCACCACAUGUUCACCUGUUAAAGUUCCAACUCCAUCUCUUGUUUGAGCAUUUGAUAACUUCCCAAGAACGGAGCUCUUUGCAAUUGCAUGAUGGUCUUUGUUGUAGAGUUUUUCUAAAGACUGGUGUCAUUUUGCACAGGAGGCUUAGUCCAGUGUAGGAACACCAGCCUCAGCUUCCCUUGCAGAAGGAGAAAAGGCCAGUUAUCAUAACUGCCUUGCUGGCCUUGUCUAUCUCUGUAUUCCCUCCUGUUGCAUUUGUGUGCUCUCGGGAUCAGAAAAGCUGUCUCAUCACUCUUUCCACCACAGCCUGUCUUCAAAUUACUGCUUUUCUGGGAUUAACUUUCAGAAUUCAGGGUUCCAGGUUGUUGCUUCCUUGAAGUGUUUGAAAUUCUAGUUAAGUCAUUUAGGAACAUUUCGGUUUUCCUUGAAACCUUUAGGUUUUUACAGUAGUUUUUUCAGCUUUGUUACAACACUGAUAUUUUUGCCUUUCAAGAGCACCUGUGGCUCUCUGCUCUCUGCCUUUUUUGUAUUGGCUGGUGAAUAGAUUUAAUGUAUUGUUAAUACAGCUAUAGAGGCAAAUAAAAGUUACUGUUGACCAUG